CCGGCGGAACGCGGCGGAGCCCGGUUGCCCUCGUCCAGGCACCGCGGGCUGCACGAGAACCCGGGGGAGCGGGGCGCCCCAGAGUGCACCUCGGGGCGCAGGAGGCAGACCCGCGCCAGGGGGUGAAAAAGGAGCCGGGAGAGUCGCGGGACCCUCCACAGGCAAGGGCGGGGCCUCCGCGGCGCCCCUCCCUCCCCCAAUCCCGGCCCCGCCCCGCCCCCUCCUCGCGCGGGGCUGGGGUCCGCCUCCCUCCCCAGCCCGGGACCCAGCGUCGCGAGCUCCCCCCGGGGUGCCAUGGCCUCGCGGCUCCUGCACCGGCUGCGGCACGCCCUGACCGGCGACGGCCCCGGGGAGGCAGCGGCCGGCCCCGAGGCCGAGCAGUUCCCGGAGAGCUCGGAACUGGAGGACGACGACGCCGAGGGCCUGUCGUCCCGCCUCAGCGGCACCCUGAGCUUCACCAGUGCCGAGGACGACGAGGACCAGGACGACGAGGACGACGAGGAGGCUGACCCCGACCCGCUGCCCGAUGGGGACCGGGCGGCGGGAGAAGACGCAGGCCCAUCCUGUGCUCAGGCAGAACGGAGUCCCCCACCUGAUGGGCAGCGGGGCAGUCAGCUCCUGACACGGCAGUUGCAAGAUUUCUGGAAGAAGUCCCGGAACACCCUGGUACCCCAGCGGCUGCUCUUUGAGGUGACCAGCGCCAACGUGGUCAAGGACCCGCCCUCCAAGUACGUGCUCUACACCCUCGCCGUGACGGGCCCGGGGCCACCGGGUCGCCAGCCAGCCCAGAUCUCCCGCCGAUACUCGGACUUUGAGCGGUUGCACCGAAACCUGCAGCGGCAGUUCCGGGGCCCCAUGGCUGCCAUCUCCUUCCCCCGCAAGCGCCUGCGCCGGAACUUUACCGCAGAGACCAUCGCCCGCCGCAGCCGGGCCUUCGAGCAGUUUUUGGGCCACCUCCAGGCAGUCCCUGAGCUGCGCCAGGCCCCGGACCUGCAAGACUUCUUUGUGCUGCCGGAGCUGCGGCGGGCGCAGAGCCUCACCUGCACUGGCCUCUACCGCGAGGCCCUGGCGCUCUGGGCCAACGCCUGGCAGCUGCAGGCCCAGCUGGGUGUCCCCUCAGGCCCAGAUCGCCCUCUGCUGACCCUGGCAGGGCUGGCUGUGUGCCACCAGGAGCUGGAGGACCCUGGGGAGGCCCGGGCAUGCUGUGAGAAGGCCCUACAGCUGCUGGGGGACAAGAGCCCUCACCCUUUUCUGGCACCCUUUCUGGAGGCCCACGUGCGGCUCUCCUGGCACCUGGGCCUGGACAAACACCAAUCAGAGGCCCGGCUCCAGGCCCUGCAAGAGGCAGGCCUGACGCCCACGCCACCCCCCAGUCUCAAAGAACUACUCAUCAAGGAGGUGCUGGACUAACCACACCUAGACUUAAGGCCACUGUGGGGAGAGGCACUGCCCCAGUAUGGGAAGUGGGGUAGGGGCGGAUGAGGACACAGACAGCAUUUGGGAGGUGACCAGGGGUGCUGGGAACCCCUAGAAGUUCCACAAAGGAUUUGUAGCAGAGUGAAGAAAUGUGCUUCUUCUGUGGAGCUGGGCUCAGGACAAGCUUUGGCUAGGAUGGUGCAGGGAGAAAGCCUCUCAAGCUUAUGACUAUCUGGGGGCUGUGCCCCAGGUCAGGGUCAAUGGUCCCUUUUCCUUGGGCCUCCAAGCCAGCCUGGCUAAGGGCCAGGAGUCCUGGGGUUGAUGGCUGGAGGGAGGGCUGCAGUUCCGGCCCAGGGGGAUUAAAGGCCAGCAGCUCCACUGGUAGAAGUCUCUUUAUUCCAUGUUCAGCACCAAAGGCCCAGCCCUGGAUAACUCCUGCCUCAGGAGUCGGGGGACAAGGGAGAUCCUUGAAGUCCCAGACCAAGCUGGUACCUCUAGCUACAGCUUGCUUUUUGAGUCCCGGGGCUUCACUCGGAUCACGCCCUCCUGGGCACAGGACAUAGCCAGGACCCCGUCCCGACGCCACAGCCGCCCAUGAACUAGGCCCCGGGAGCCACCUGCGAAGAUAAGGGAGAGAACGGCCUUCUGUCUCCUUCCACCCAGCCAAAUGCCCUCCUUGAAAAACGUACAACUCAGGUUGGGCCACCCCGUGCCAGGGUACACUCAGUGUUGUGGGCACUCCCAAUCGCCAAGCACCCUUUUAGGAGCCUAUUAUGGUUGGUCAUCGGGGGUAACUCCUCCCAUGGGAAUCCCACUUGAUGGUUUAAAAGCACUUUCACGUAUCUGCUGGCUUCCUCAAAAAAAUCCCAAGGGGAGACGUUCUGAGAACAGUGUGGUUCAGUAGCUCAGCUAACCAGAUCUGCCCCACUUCUGGCCACCUGUGUGAGGAAACCCAUCAGUUCCCUCCCCCCCCCCACCCCAGUACGCGGGCCUCUCACUGUUGUGGUCUCUCCCGUUGCGGAGCACAGGCUCCGGACGCGCAGGCUCAGCGGCCAUGGCUCACGGGCCCAGCCUCUCCGCGGCAUGUGGGAUCUUUCCGGACCGGGGCACGAACCGGUGUCCCCUGCAUCGGCAGGCGGACCCUCAAUCACUGUGCCACCAGGGAAGCCCCCAUCAGUUCCCUUUGUAAUAAAUCAAACCAGGCCCUCCAGGCUGGUAAUUCAUUCAAACCAACCAACCAACAAAAAAAACCCCACCUCCAUCCCCACAGGGACAAAGGGGCUCGGAGGACAGGACGUGGAGCCAUGAGACCUGGCCAUCCCCCUCCCCAUGUGGAGAUUCUCCCUUGCUAGCCCAGGGCCUUAGUCUGAUUAUUUAGGAAGGGAACUGCUGGUUUCUCUUAUAUGCGGAACAGCUCACUUAGGCCUUGUCCCAUGUUCCAGAUGAUGCCAGUCAAGACCAGAGAGGCUCAGGGACUUGGCCUGAAGGCUCAGGCCAAACAUGAACCCAAGAGUCCUAACUUCAAGUUGUGGCUCCUUUAUUGUGAUGCUGUUGGUGCUUGAGAGCCCCCCUUCCCUGAGUAUAAGAAGUCCCUCAAGUUUUGUCCUUGUUUCACCAAGCAAGGCUUUUCUUUGUUUGAAAUGCACUUCCUUGGAAAGGAACCCAGGGCUCUGAGACUAGGCACUGAUGAACGAGUCUGGGUUUCUCUCAACACUAUAAGGAGUAUCCAAGCAGUGGGGCCCUUAGAGAAUGCUGAGUGCCCUGACCCUCAACCAGGUUAGUUGUCAGAAUCACUUAGAGAGCUUUUUUUUUUUUUUAAUUUUUUGGCUGCGCCGUGCAGCAUGCGGGAUCUUAGUUCCCCAAGCAGGGAUCAAACCUGUGCCCCCUGCAGUGAAAGCAUGGAGUCUUAACCACUGGACCGCCAGGGAAGUCCCGGGAGCUUCUUAAAAAUAGUU